GUAUACUGGGGCAGGAAGAUAAACACAUCAUACUGCUGUAUGCGCUGAAACGAGUCAAUAUUUUGGAGCAACAAAGUCUAAGAAAAGGACCUGCCCACACUUCUCCACACUUCUUAGGGUGUUCAUGUAUACUGGGGCAGGAAGAUAAACACAUCAUACUGCUGUAUGCGCUGAAACGAGUCAAUAUUUUGGAGCAACAAAGUCUAAGGAAUAAUGUGGAUGUGAAUCUGAAGUUAGGGGGUGCACGGUGGCUUAGUGGGUAGCAUGUUCGCCUCACACCUCCAGGGUCGGGGUUCGAUUCCCGCCUCCGCCUUGUGUGUGCGGAGUUUGCAUGUUCUCCCCGUGCCUCGGGGGUUUCCUCCGGGUACUCCGGUUUCCUCCCCCAGUCCAAAGACAUGCAUGGUAUAACUAUGACAAUAUUCCUAUAUUUCUGCAUUCUGCUCCAUUUCAUCUGUUCUUCUGCCACUGACAACAAUAAGCAACUUUUUGACAAAAAUGACAAAGUAAUUCCUGAAACAUUGAGAGAUACAACCACAGAGGUCUUUUUUGCUGAAAGUCAGAUUUCUGUCAUACCAAAAGGAGCAUUUUCCAAAAACCCUCAGCUGAAGAAAAUAAAUUUUCUACAGACACUUACGUCUUCUAUAGAAGAAGGUGCAUUUGAAGGUUUAGAUAAUCUGGAUACCAUUGAAAUUUCAGGUACCAAUGUGUCAUCUCUACCUGUUGGUGUUUUUAAAAAUCUGACCAACCUUCAGAAAUUGAUUAUGAAUUCGAACAAAAUUCAGAAGCUGGAAAAUGGACUGUUUCGUGAUACCAAGAACCUCGCAACACUCCGGUUGCAGGAUAACCAGAUUUCAACAAUUGAAGAGGGAACAUUCGAUUACUCUGUGAAACUCUCAGAGCUUAAUCUUGCAAAAAACAAUCUUACUUCCAUCUCGUCAACCCUUUUUUCAAAGCUCAAUAAACUGAGAAUAUUUAAGUUGUAUGAGAACCAACUGACAACAAUGCCUGAUGGAAUUUUUAAUAAUUUACCAAAUCUGAAGGAAAUCUCCAUACAUACCAACAGAAUUACACACAUACAACCAAAUUUGUUUCCACAUAAAAAAACACUGACAACACUAUCAUUAGGCAACAAUCUCUUGACUGACCUAUCACCUGAUCUAUUUCGGGGUUUCUCUUCACUUAAAACAUUAACACUGAAUCACAAUCAGCUCACCGCUCUCGAUCCUCUUCUUUUCACAGAAACACUUAAAAUGAAUGAUUUAUUUCUAAACAACAACAAUAUUACAUCCUUACCUGCUGGGAUUUUUCAGUCACUGAAGCAGCUUAAGAAAUUAGACCUGUCCUCGAACCAGCUUUCAGAGCUUUCAAAUUUAUUUGAUGGACUUGAGAAACUUACGGAGCUCAAUCUUCAGAAUAAUCUCAUUGAAUCACUGAAGCCUGAAGACUUUGCAAAUCUACAAUCUCUUUCUUCCCUUAAACUGGAUAACAAUAAGCUAAGAUUCAUUCCAAAAGACAUCCUUGGUCCAAAAUUGAAGAAGAUAUAUUUGAACAACAACACAUGGCACUGUGACUGUAAACUGCUGCCCAUGUUCAAGUGGAUGACUGAAAAUACGGAAAAGAAAAAGUCUUCUUCUAAUGAGGUUUGCGAGUACCCAGAGGAUUUGAAAGGCCAACGAAUCACCUCCUUAAAUGAAGCCCAACUGAUAUGUCCCACAAUAAUUGUUCCAACAACUCUGUUACCAACCACAACUACCUUAUUAAUAACUACCACAUUUGUAGCCACUACAGUUACAGAUACAACUUUACCACUUAUAACAACACAAAUCACCACUCAAACAACAGUCACCACUCCAUCCCCAACCACCACAAUAGAAACCACUCAGCCUACAACUAUACAACCCACCACUUCCCCUUCUACAACAGCUCUUAUGACAACAGUCACCACUCCAUCCCCAACCACCACAAUAGAAACCACUCAGCCUACAACUAAACAACCCACCACUUCCCCUUCUACAACAGCUCUUAUGACAACAGUCACCACUCCAUCCCCUACCACCACAUUAGAAACCACUCAUCCUACAACUACACUCACCACUUGCCCAUCUACAACAGAAUUCCUUACAACCACUGCAACUUCAACUACAGUUUCCACUACUGUAGCAACAACAACGCCACUGACUACUCGAACCACAGAACAAACUACUACAUCUACAGCAUUAACAACUACACUUGCUACACCCUCUACCACACUCAGGACGUUUGUGGGUACUAGUUUCUCCACCUUUCAGCCGCAAUAUUCUGGGGAAUUUUCUUCCUCCCUAGCAGACAGAGCAUCAUCAUGUAAGACCUUGUUAAUUUUCUACACAAUAAUGUUGGCAAUAGAAAUCUGCUGUACAGCGGUACUUGCCAAAUUCACAUACACACUUUAUUCUUUGCUCAAGGAAAGAGAAAAGCAUUAUUGUACUAUCAGCCUCACACACUUUUCUUACACUAAAUCUUUUACAUUCAAACCACUCCAAGAAACAGAGUCUGUGGCUCUAUGACACUGUGGUUAUAUGAGAAUUCUUGACUUUUAUAUAAUUUGUAGUUACAAACUAAAAUCAAAUCCAUCUUAUUGGGGGAGGGGGUUGGGUUUGUUGAAGAGUGUUAUAGUCAGUAUAGUUUGCAAGAAAGAUAAUGCCUUCAUGCUACCACUACCACUGUGUCACUGACAGCCUCCACUAGGCAAGUAAUUUCCAAACUACAUAGAGUUUUCCUUCAUUUAAAUACUAUUUAUUGUUUUUGUUUCCCUAUAAGAGCCAGAGAGAGAGAGAGAGAGAGAGAGAGAGAGAGAGAGAGAGAGAGAGAGAGAGAGAGAGAGAGACUUUAAAUCACCAUUAGAAUAAAACCUGUGGUACGCUAAGCUUUUUUUGUAAUAAUGUAAAAACCAUAUAAAUAUGGUGUGUGUGCAUAUUAUAUCGCCUACAUAAGUAUGUGAACACCUGACAGUCACACUUAUGUAUGGGUCUGUAGUAGCUUUAAGAUCUUCUUUCACCUGAAUUAUGCUUUAAAAUCAAAUUUGAACUGAUUUGAAUGAUCAAACCUGUUACACCAUGACAAUGCACUUGUGCACAAAUCAAGCUCCAUGAACACAUGGUUUGCCAAGACUGGAGCAAAAGAUCUUAAGAUCUGAAGCCUGCACAGAGCCCUGACCUUCAUCCCACUGAACACCUUCUGAAUGAACUGGAAUACUGACAGCACCCGAGACCAUCUCUUCUGACAAUGGUAACUGACCACACUAAUGUUCUUGUGGUUAAAGGAGCAGAAAUCUAAAAAAAAAAAAAAAAGGCCAUUCUUUGAUAUCCAGAGAUCUGGCAAUGUCUAGAAGACAUUGGGUUGUUAUAACAGCAAACAGGAGACCGACUUUGUAAUCGGAUAUUGUACAGCUAUAUAUGGGUAUGAUCAUCUUGUGUUUGCAUACUGUACAUUUGGCCACUGCAUUGACUGUCCAUCCUGUUCUGCAUGAUUGUUCUACAUUGUUUUGUGACCAUACAAAUCACAGUAUAUGUAACUCAAAAAUGUUUAAAUUUUAUAGAAUUUGUUAACACUUAAGAGCAUACAAUGUAAUGGAUUUGUCUGUGGUUUAUAAUAUCUGUAUUGUCACCAUUCAAGUACAAUUGUGUAUACUACAUAUACAGUACUGAGCCACACAUCUGUACCAUGACCUAAGCACCAUAAUAUUAAUAUUAUAUUAUCAUUGGUGCAUGUUGGUAUGUCAUUAAAUAAAUUAACAUGAGUCAUUUAAUCCUU